GCGGACAAGCAGUGGGGAGACUGGAGGCCUCACUUGGCUGUGAUUCUGUCGAAUCAGGGUGGGGACCCGGAGCUGCUUCAGCGAGCGAUUAUCACCAUGGGGGACACCCUGGCGGGGAAGGGGCUGGUGGAGGCCGCCCACUUCUGCUACCUCAUGGCCCACGUGCCCUUCGGCCACUACACCGUGAAGACAGACCAUCUGGCCUUGCUUGGCAGCAACCACAGUCAAGAGUUUUUGAAAUUUGCAACGACUGAGGCUAUCCAGAGGACGGAAAUCUUCGAGUACUGUCAGAUGCUGGGCCGCCCCAAAUCCUUCAUCCCUUCUUUCCAGGUGUAUAAGCUCCUUUAUGCUUCCCGGCUGGCAGAUUACGGCCUUGCGUCCCAGGCCUUACAUUACUGCGAAGCCAUUGGCGCGGCCCUCCUUAGCCAGGAAGAGAGCAAUCACCCAGUGCUGUUAGGGGAACUCAUCAAGCUAGCAGAGAGAUUGAAGCUGUCAGAUCCCUUGGUUGUAGAGAGACACCGUGGAGACAGGGACCCAGAGCCAGCCUGGCUGGUGCCCCUUCGCAGGCGGUUCGAGGAGCUGGCGCACAAGGUAGCAGGAGACACUGGGGAUCUUCGUUCUGCUCACUCAGAUACUUCGGGAGCCAGAGGGACGGCAGCAGGAGGAAGUGUGGGGCAGACCGGGGUCCCUGUGCCUCUUUACUCAGUUCCUGGGACUGGUGGCAGCCUGGCCGUGACAGGGACUCCUGGAGGAGGAGCCUGGGAGGAAACCCAGCAGAUACACCCACCCGUUGGAGAGAACACAGUGUCUCAAGGAAGUUUCCAGCAUCCUGAUGGUCAGAAUGUUGUUUCCCAACCCCAGGUGCCAGCGAUUCCCAGAUCACGAAAUAAUUCUGAGAGUUCCACUGUUUCAGUCAAGGAGGAUGAGGAGGAGUCCUCCGAUGAGGCAGAUAAAAAAUCUUCCCAAAGCCUGGCACAGAAAGAAAAGCCAGGAGACGAGAAAGAGAACAUGAAGAGCUCCGGGUUUGGCUGGUUCAGCUGGUUUCGCUCGAAGCCCACCAACAAUGCAUCCGCCUCUGGAGAAGACUCAUCUGACAGUCCCAACUCUGAGGAGACCUCCAGAGCAUCUUCUCCCCCUGAGGCUGGCCCUGGCUUCACACUGACCUCUCUCCCGGAGCCCCAGUCUCUGCCGGACACCUUGUCUGGAGCGACAGGCGAGGGCCAAGUCCGAGGAUCAGCGUCCGGUGGGAGAGCAGCUGAGGGCGCUGGGAGUGAAGGCCUGUCUGGGCCUGAGGCUGUUUCCUCUGAGCUUUACUUCAGCCCUGGUGUUCUGCUUCCCCCAACUCCCUUGAAAGGAAGUGUUCCUCUCUACAACCCAUCUCAGGUCCCCCAGCUCUCCAUGGUUAGUAGUUUGAACCGACCGAAUCGCCUAGCUCAGCGCCGCUAUCCAACCCAGCCAUGAUGAUAAUGGCCACCCGUCCCAGGCUGGUCUCCUUCCUUGAUUUCCAACCCCUCUGCCAUAUUGGGGCCCCCAAGAGGGUCCUGCUGGCCUAUUGCCUUCACUGGGACAGGGUCUUCCAGGACACAGCUCAGUCCAGUCUCAACAUUAGCUUCAGAAUGAUGGCUAGUACCACGUCGGGUGGAAAAGCUCGGUAGAACAGCAGACCGGAGGUGAGCAGGAUGCCAUGGCGGGAGCAUUCAGGAUGGUAGCUUCAGAUCCUCAGGAGAGUCAAGCCAACUUGGAAUUCCCUCAGCUGGAAUCAAGACGAAUCCACUGGGCUUUGCGGCAGGAAAUUAUUUGGGGGAGGCGCCCAGAGCGAUAUUCGUGACCAAUGUUGAUGCAUUCCUCAGUCUUAGUUAGAGACCAAUUCACAGCUCUAGUUAGCAAAGUUUAUAUGCUGAAACUUGAUUAUUGCUUCCCGGCAGAGCUCCCUCCUCACUGACAUUUCAGCAGUUUCCCUCUUGGUCCUAGUUUUGUGCACAUUUUUAUGUGCUUCAGAUUAAUUAUAUUUCUCUCACUUUCUUAGCUGGUCCUAUUUUUUCACAUUCUGGCAUCUGGCUAUCAAGUUAGAUUGCUGUAGGCAUCAUAUUGUCAUGGUAACUACUGAACCUAAUGAUGCAGAUGGAUGGAACAUCAGUGUAAUAAAUGAUGGGAAAUGUUUCCUAAAAAUUCACCCCUUCCAUAAGAGAGGAGAAUGAGUGCCUGAUAGUGUUAAUACCAGGCCUUUGCAAAUGGAUGUUGGGAGGGUCACUGGAGCCAGAGGGAGGAGGGGGACAUCUUGGAAAUUUCCAGUUCUCUUUUCAAACCCAAAAUAGGGAUGACUCUUGCUGUUUGUCAGAUUUGCUGAAAAUUGCUCCUCACAAAGAACGUUUUUUCUGUGUGUAAUUGUACAUAUGGGUUUUGUACUCUAAUGUACUACAGUUCUGAUGUUGAUAGCAAUUAAACCAGAUAAUUUUAUAGCAAA